CGGUACACGCUGGUACACUGGUUCAUCAAAACAGCGGCAGCGUACACGCGCGCGGCUUAAACAACCCCAACUCCACCCGGGUCAACUCCUGUUGCAUUCGUCUCACCCACAUGCACACUCACUCACACACACACACACACACACACACACUCAUUUGUGCGGACAGACUGGCAGCCCCGAUCAGCUGCUGGCAAAAUGCGGUGAUGUCAUCCGGUUGAGCUGGUGUUCGUUGCGGACGCCUCUGGUGCACACGACCAGAUCUCUGCGAGAUCUUGCCCCGUUCUUGAAGGCGUUCGGAGCAAACGGACGUGCGCGCGAGAGCAUGUGGAUGCGUUGAAAAGUGGAUUUAAUUAAGAUCAACGCUUCUCAUCACCCCUGCACAGUGCUUGUUAGUGGUUUUUGUGGUCUCGGUUCGGUACUACGAGAGUUUGAAGAUUCGAAACGAAACAACAGUGAUAUAAAGCGUGUUUUUACUCUUUAUUGAAGCAGUUGCAUCGUUGCACGAUCCAGCCAUAUCUGUGUGUCGUUUCCACUGCACUCUCUGUGUGCGUGGGAUGUAAGCUACAAGUGCAACGAUAUAAUGUGCCUUCCAUCUGUUUAAAUGCGCCACAUUGGAAUCAGUGAAGCAAAACAGUGCUGAAGAACACUACACUAAAGCAAACGCACCAAGAAAAGCACCGAUUUCUUCGAGCAACGCUACCUCUGCCGUCAAUCCGCACCGUACAGAAAUGGCCGAACAGAACGAAAAUGCAGCGACGAAAAAGAGCGUCAAAAUUCAGGACUACAUUUCGCCGGGCAUUUCGCGAGAACGAAGCUUCAUACGCACAUCGAACCAGCAGCAAUUUUUUGAGAUGAAUAAUAGCAACAAGCGGCGCAGUUUGGCAUUCACCCAAAGUCAGGCCCAUCAGCACGCCCAACAGCAACUGCGCGAGGGCCGCCUGGAUGGAUUGGGAGCCAUGAACAACAAGCUGAACGUGCACGCGCAGGAAUUUCAAAUGAAUAAUUUACCCCUAAACGAUCAUCGGUUUCCACUGCAAAGCUCAAGAUCUCUCAACAUCUACAGCAGCUCCCUGCAGCACUCGAAGUCCAGCGUCACGAUGCCGUUGGGCAGCAUGCCCGGCCGGCAUCACGCACUGCAGCUGGGCAGCAUCGGUAGUCCCGUCCCGAGGGGAUCACUUAUGAUGCCCGCCCAUGCGCCGCUCCAUCACGUCGGGGUGCAGCUGCAACCGUCCCACAUGCCGCUGGUAAAUUCACCCUCUAGCAGCAACAUACUGCACUCCAGCGGACCACGCGUCAAGUUCGCGCCGGAACCGAUGCUUCACGCACACGCACACAGCAGCAACACGCCUCAUGCCGCCAACAGCAACAACGGUGCCGUUGGUGGCGGUGCCAACAGUAACAACACGCAACUGAAUCUGGCCCCUUUGCAGCGCUCGAAGUCACUCUCGUCGGCAGACACGCUAACGCGCGGGUUGGCCAGUCUUGGGCUGGGCAUCGGGUCGGAAGCGAACGAUAUCGGUAUGUUCUCGCCGGAAGUGCAGACCGCCAUUACCAAGGCCAUCGAGGAUCCGAACCAGCUGAAUGCACGCUGCCUGAUGGACCUGGCGGCACAGUUGCUGCAUCGUGCCGUUGAAGGGCGCCGCUACUCCCUACCGAUAUCGCGUCUCUGCAUUUCGAUCAUCGCGAAAGAGAAAAAGGAAACAUUUCUGGAGGCACUGCUCAACACCUGCCGCCAGUGGUACCAGGAGCGGGACAAGGUACUGGGAGCGAUGCAAAACUCAAAGAACCCAUCCCGGCCCCGGUUCACCUCGUUCAUGGCGUUCCUCACCGAGAUGUUCUGCCAGCUGAAGCGGCGUCAGCUGCAGCUCCGUACCGAGUGUGACGGUGUACCACCGCCACUGGUACUGCUUACCGUGCUCGGCAAGUGCUGUGAGGAUUGCGUUCAGCCUCCGGUUCGAUCACUCUCGGAGAUCGAAUGUUUGUUCUUCGUGCUGACCUGCAUUGGGCGCGAUCUGGAAACUCAUCUGCCCCAGCAGCUCGAGUCGCUGCUGGCCGGGGUACGCGAUGCGUUCCUGAACUCGGCCGCUUCUGCACCGGCCAUCCGGCGCACACUGUUGCAACUGAUCGAGUUGCAGGCCUCCCAUUGGCAGCUACCCGGAAACACGGUUCUGUAUUACUAUCCCUCUUCCAAGUAGCAACCACCAACCAACACCAUACCAUACCACGGCCAAAACAGAAGCCACUACGGUUCGCGAGAGGAUCGACCGACAACUGACGACCCAAUGGCCCAACGGGUAAACGGGCUGAUAUAUACACUUCUUCUUUUUUUUGUGUUCAUUUUGAUUCUUUUUUUUUAAUUUAUUGAUGGACUGCAAGUCUGGUAGCGCCACCUCACGGGGUGUAGGGCACGGCCGCUCGCCGUCGCCGAACGAACAAUACGAAUCGAACGGAACCAAGCAUCGAUGGUACAUUUCAUUUGGAAACGGACGCUAAACAGGCACCACCGUGUGCCGUGUGCAUGCGAUCACUUUAUUCGAAAACGUUCGAGCGAAAGAUGGACAGAGAAGAAAAACAAAACCUAACGAAGCGAUCAGACUACAUUCCAUCAAAGCUGGUGAAAAAGUCACUGUAAAAGGAGUUCAAGUCAUGCUGAUUUAACUAGAUACACGCAAAAAAAUGAAGAAAAAAAUGAAAUUUUUAACGCUAGCGACAAAAAAAAACGCUAAACGACGAUCAGGGACGAUCCCUUUUAUAAGUUUAAUACUAUUGCAAGCUUGUUUUGCUAAAUUUCACAAACUUUCCUUUGCUGUUUCUCUCAUUUAAUCAUCAUCACCUUACUCUGUAACCUUUGAGAUUCUUUCUUUCUAUUGCUUUCUGCACACGAAAUGAUUCUGUAAUCAGCAACAUUACGAAACGAUUGGUUAUAAAAUGCCAUUUUUAUUAAGGUACCCUUUCAUACAAGAAGGAGUUGUGGUUUAGUGUGAAAGGAAUUUUGAUUUUGCAAUCGCUGCAUAUAUCCAUCAUCCGUGCCAUUUGCCGCUUCUGUUCUGUGGUCACACACACAAAAAAAAACACUCUCAUCUAACUCAUUGCCAUAGUUGGAAGCGUUUAUGCAAGCCACACUUAAGGAAAGGCUCGAAAAGCAAUGCGAAUCAUUAACGCA